AUGAAGUUCGGCCGCAAUUUGCCCCAAUUUACGGUGCCCGAAUGGAGCGCUUCGUACAUCAAGUACAAGGCCCUGAAGAAGCUCAUCAAAUCGGCUGCGGAGCAAGUCAAAGCAGGCCAAGAGGCCGAUCUGGCUGGUUUCUUCUACUCCCUUGACCGAAAUGUCGAGGACGUCGAUUACUUCUACAACAAGAAAUAUGCCGAGUACGCCCGCCGUUUGAAGCUGCUGGAAGAACGAUAUGGCUACUCCAUGGAAGGCAUCCACCCGCUGGAGCCCGAGGACCGCCAUGACCUGCGCGAGGCCCUUCUCGACCUUCGCUACCACCUGCGUCGCUUACAGUGGUAUGGUGAGGUCAAUCGCCGCGGCUUCGUCAAGAUCACCAAGAAGCUGGACAAGAAAGUCGGCGCUCAGGCCCAGAAGCGCUAUUUGGAGACUAAGGUGGAUCCCGCUCCGUUUGCCUCCAAUGCGCGGGCUGUCAAGGCCCAGGAUCGCAUCAAUUCUUGGAUGGCCGUUAUUACGGACCAGUCGAAGGCGGAUGAGAAGCUGGUGGAUGAUGCUAGCUCAACCCACUCUUCUCUGUCACUCAAGCGCGGUGCCUCCCGGCCGUUUUUGAACUUGCCGACCAGCGUUGUGACCACUGUAGACGAGGCUUUGAGAAAUGACGACAUCCAUGUGCUGCUCGAACUGCUCGAGACAUUGAAGGCUGCGGCGGACGAGGCGGGUGAGGGAGUCUUUUCCAAGGUCCUCAAGACGCUCAUCCAGCGAUCCAUUCUGCACCGUGCCCGGGUCUGUUUGUCUGCACUGGUGCAGCGUGUGGACACGCUUGAGGAGGACGAUGACAUUAAUCGGCGCAAUUGUUUGCACCGCCUGGUCAUUUCAAUUGGUCGCGAACAAUCGACCAAUGACUCCGAGCCCGCAGCGUCUCUGGUCCUGGACUUCCCUCCAGAGACAUCCCGCUACAUCACUCCGGCGGCUCCGCCCACUCUGCAGCCACCACGUUCUGUGAUCAAGGAGGCGCAUAUGCCUCAGCAGCUAGGCCGCGACGAUCCAGCUGUAGUUCUCUUGCAGAAUCUGCUGGAUGGACUGCGUCCGAACCAACGCGAAUCAUUGAUGGCCAAGGAUCUCUCUGGCCGCACGCCGCUGCACUAUGCAGCCCAGUACGGUUUCAAGGUGGUCUGUGAAGUGAUUAUCGAGCACCUCAAGGCGUGGGAUAUGUUUGAUGUUAGCGAGGGAAUCGAUGGCACUUUGUGGCAGGACAAUGACGGCUGGGCCCCACUGCAUUUGAGUGUGGUCGGCGGCCACCCGAAGACCACCCGCUGCCUUUUGGACGCUGAAAAUUGGGAAGAGACCCAUAGCCCUGGCGACCGGGUCCGGAAACAGGUCUCGAAGUCUUCUGCUGUGCUCGCCCUUGCCACCAAGGCCAACUUUGUGGAUAUCGUCCAGCUGCUGGUAGAUGCUGGCGUGGAUAUCAAUUACCAGGACGAACAGGGUGAAACGGCCUUACAUGUUGCGGCCCGCUUUGGCCAUGAUGAAUGUGCCCGAAUCCUCCUGGACGGCACCGAAGACCAGAAAGCCGACACUGACCUGGCUGAAAAUACGUACGCGUGGACUCCGCUGUUCAUUGCCUGCGUUGAUGGCUCUUUGAGCGUAGCCAAGCUGCUGGUCGCUGCCGGCGCUGAUCUGGAGCGCUUUGAUUCAUCUGGCUGGACUGCAAAGGAGCAUGCUGCACUGCGUGGCCACCUCGCUAUCGCUCGGUGUCUUGCUGAAGUCAGCCCCGGUCCUCCCGCUACCGAGCCUGAGCCAAUUACUGUUCCCAGCUACAGCCCUUCUCCCUCAUCAUCGCCGCCGGGCCAGUCAUCCCUGACUGAUCGGCGGUCGAACGUCCCUGGACCGACAUCCGGGAGUCCUGGGUUACGCAAUACUGAACCUAUUAAGACUUUUGGACAUCGGUAUCUUACCGACGAGACCAUGAUCCUGGUCAGCCUAGGUACUAUGGAUAUGCGCAAACCCUUGGAGACGGUCAGCCUAGACCGGAUCCCUAUGGAGAAUGCGCACGCGACACAGCUCGAUACCGCUCUGUCUAUGGUGGUCAGUGCGAGCGGUGCCCACGGCGAGCCGGAGGUCAUUGACCUACCCGUGCAAGACAACAUCUCGACUGAGCCGAUUGUCUUCCACACGACCGAUGCAAGCAAAGUUCGUCUGCUCUUUGACUUGGUACCCACCUACUCGGGCUCCAAGGACCGUGUUGUCGGCCGGGGUGUUGCUCUGCUCUCCAGCAUCAAACAAUCUGUGGGAUCCCAGCGCAUCAAUCUUAAGGGCGAUUCCACCAUUCCCAUCGUGGCUGCCAAUACCUUGGAGGUUAUUGGGUCUGUGACCUUCAACUUUCUCGUUAUCACUCCUUUCAAACACCCAAACAUGUCGAUCACUGGCAACCAGACUUACUGGCGAUCCAUGAGCUCGACGAUGGUGAUUGGACACCGCGGGUUGGGUAAGAACAUGGCCAGCCGUCGCUCCCUCCAGCUGGGCGAAAACACUAUCCAAUCCUUUAUCGCAGCUGCGAACUUAGGUGCUUCCUACGUCGAGUUCGAUGUCCAACUUACCAAGGACCAUGUUCCUGUCAUCUACCAUGACUUCCUGGUCAGCGAGACGGGUAUUGACGCGCCCGUUCAUACUCUCACGCUCGACCAGUUCCUGGAACUGGGCAAAGGUCGACACCGAAAUGUGCUGCCCGAAAGCGUGGACGUCCACGGCGCCACGACCCUCGGUCCCCGCCAGCGGUCCAUGUCUGUUGGUGGCUCCGAGUACGAUCCUGCCGAAUUGACCGAGAGAAUCAAACACACACGCGACUUCAAGAAGAAGGGUUUCAAGGGCAACACCCGCGGCGAGCACAUUCAAGCCCCCUUCGCCACCCUGGAGGAGCUCUUCAAGAAGAUCCCCAGAGCUGUGGGCUUCAACAUUGAAUUGAAGUACCCCAUGCUCCAUGAGAGCGAAGAGGAGGAGAUGGAUACCUACGCCGUUGAACUUAACUCGUUUGUCGACACCGUUCUCACCAAGGUCUACGACCUGGGCCGCGGCCGUGACGUGCUGUUCUCUAGUUUUAACCCGGACAUCUGUCUCCUCUUGUCCUUCAAGCAGCCGUCCAUCCCUGUUCUUUUCCUGACUGAUGCCGGCGCCUCUCCCGUUGGCGAUAUCCGAGCCAGCAGUCUGCAGGAGGCUAUCCGGUUCUCCUCGCGAUGGAACCUUCUCGGCAUUGUAACCCAGGCUGAGCCUCUCGUCCUCUGCCCACGUCUCGUCCGCAUCGUCAAGGAAUCCGGUCUCGUCUGCGUGUCCUAUGGCGCGCUCAACAACGAAGGCGCAAACGUGGACUACCAAGUCGCGGAAGGCAUCGACGCCGUUAUCGUCGACUCCGUUCUCGGCAUCACAAACGGCCUCAUUCAGCGCCAAAAUAAGGGUGAGCGCACGCCCGGUCCCUCGCCGAACCCACACCCCGUCGCCGACAAGGGUGCCAUCACCGUCCCGGUACUUGAGCAGGCAAAGCGGAAUCACCCCAACCCUAACCUCGUCCCCGCUGCCAUCCUUUGA